CGUGAUUUCUCAGAGUUAAGAAGAAAAAAUUAUCAUUUUAUUUGUUUUUUUUCGGCACAGAGACAUUAAAUGUAGGGCAAAAAAUGUGAAAAUUCCCGCAAACGGAACAACGAAAAGUCUGAAAACGUGCUAGCUAUUCGAAACGAGUGACAAAAAACGGUGAAUUUGUGAAUUUUGGGGCAAAAGAAGCGAAGAAAAGAUAUUUAAUAAUUGCACACACACACACACAAACGCAAACCAAAUGUUGUACGGCGAUACAAAUGUUCGAGUCACAAAUAUUUGGUACAAAACUGAGGAGCAAUAGGGAAAAAUUGUCUGGAUGCAAUGUCCGCUUGUUGUUCGAAUGUUGUUAAUUUAUUGUUUUGGAGGCCGGGGCGCAGUCAGGAGGAGGUAGAACAGAAGGCAAAGUCACGACAAAUUGACAAACUUUUGGAAAAGGAGAAGCAUUUGUUCAAACGACAGGUGAAACUUUUGCUGCUCGGCGCUGGCGAAUCCGGCAAAUCGACGUUCCUCAAGCAGAUGCGCAUCAUUCACGGCGUCAAAUUCGAGCCGGAACUGCUGCGCGAAUACCAACAAAUCAUCUACCAAAAUGUCAUACGGGGUCUCCAGGUGCUCAUCGAUGCCCGCGAAAAACUCAAUAUCGCAUGGGAGGAUCCCGCAGUGACGCCCGAAUACGCGACGGAAGUCAUGCAAAUCGGGACCUCGGAGAAAAUUUCGCCCGACACCUUUAACCAGUAUUGCGCGGCAAUUAGCCUCGUUUGGCGCGACGGUGCCAUCCGAAAAGCCUACGAUCGACGUCGUGAAUUUCAAAUUAGCGAUUCUGUUAGUUAUUUCUUAGACGAUAUACACCGAGUAGCCAAUGUAGAUUUCGCUCCAACCAAUAAAGAUGUGCUAAUGUGUCGUAAAGCAACGAAGGGAGUACUUGAAUUCACCAUUAAAAUACAGAACAUUCCGUUUAUUUUCGUCGAUGUUGGAGGACAACGUACGCAAAGACAGAAAUGGACAAAUUUAUUUAAUAAUUCGGUGACAUCGAUUUUAUUUCUUGUCUCAACGUCGGAAUUUGAUCAAGUUUUAGCUGAAGAUAGAAAAACGAACCGUCUCGAGGAGUCACGCAACAUUUUUGACACCAUAAUUAACAAUCAAUCGUUUCAAGGUAUAUCCAUUAUACUAUUUUUAAACAAAACCGAUUUGCUUGCGCUAAAAGUGAAAAAUCCAGAGACUGAUAUCCGUUGGUAUUAUCCACAAUUCACCGGGAAUCCGCAUUCCCUGCUCGAUGUACAAAAUUUCAUAUUACAAAUGUUUAUGAACGUAAGAAAAAAUACCAAAACACCCAUCUACCAUCACUUUACGAAUGCGGUAGACACACAAAACAUUCAAGUAGUUUUUAGUUCUGUCAAAGAUACAAUCUUCCAUCGGAAUUUAUCCGGACUCAUGUUGCUAUAACGAAACGCGCACAUCAUCAUCAUCAUCAUCUUCCAGAGGAAAAUGACACGCACGCCAAGCUCUAAAAUUAGGUUGUUACUAUAUUCUCUUUUUUUUACAAACGAAAUUUUUUGAUAUUCAAUCAAAGUUAGAAAUUUAAGGAAAAAAACAGUCAGCAUGCUUAUAAAAAAAAUAAAUUAAAUUAAAAAAAAAUAAUAUUAUUGAAUGUAAAAAAAAACGCCAC